AUGGACGGAGGACUUUGGACAAUUCAUAGGGGAGGCUUGAGGAACGAGCUGAAGGGGAUUAGUCCCUGGAGCGCCGCUUGGUGCCAGGAUUCUAAUAGCAUAGGAGGAUUCUGCACAGGAGCCCUUCCUAAAAGCCCAAAAGACACCAGAUGGGCCGGUUUAGCGAAUUGGUUGACAUUAGGGCUCGGAACCAGGGGGACAGAGGUAUGGCAGAACAUUAAGAGCAGUUGGUCACAGAAGUCCGUUGAUGGACAGGAAGGCUAUAACAGCACUAGCUGGAAAACCUUCCUUGCAAAGAUCUUUGAGGAAAUGAUAACUCAGGCGAAGCAAGUUGGCAAUGGACAUGCUAACCAAUUGAAUAUCUGGGAUGAGGCAGAUUGGUCUAAUGCAUUAGGAAGAAACCAUCAAGUGGCAAAAGAUAUCAUAACCACACCAACAGGGCAGAGUUUUAUAGGAGUACUGGCCUGUAUCGUCCUGGGCUUGUUAAGAGUAGGAGGAAGUGAAGAAGACUCUUCAGGAAAGUAUCCAGGAGUUUGCGGCAGGGUGGUAAAUGAGAUGAGAAUAAGCAUAGGAGAUUGGAACAGCUGGAAUGAAGACAACACCAGGGGCCUUCAGUAUCCGGCAGGGAAGAAGUGCGGCUUUAACCAAAUCCAGUCCAAUUGUCCAGAAGCAAGAUUCGCGCUAUUAUUAUCCGUAGUAGAAGCACUGAUGAAGGUAUGUCCACAAUGUGGUCCAUACAAUCUGAAUUAUUGGUUCAAGAGACCCCCCAACCAAGCGACCAAACAGAGGACUUCGUAUUGUCAAAUAGACGCAGGAAUGUUGAAAUGUUCGUCGGAAAUCCCGAGCUCGGACAACCCAGCGAAGAGAAUAACAGUAACGCAGUAUAGUUAUUACCAACCUCUUCCCCAUGCCCCAACUCCCAAAGCCAACACCGAAACGUCUAAGGCGGAUAAUUCUAUGGUCACGUCCCAGCAGACCAACGGGCUACUCCCAACAGCAGGCGACACGCAGGUGUUAGUCCUGUUAGAACAGUCUCCCGAAGAGCCCGCCAGUCAGGGACGAGAAGAGGAGCAGGUGCACGCAAAUAACGGAACUCACAAAGCAAUAGACAUCUCCCUCGCCUCAAGUGGGGGCUCAGAUCAGGAACAUGGAGUAGAUCCUCAUCAGGGAGAGACAGCUCAGAUUCCUGGACCCCCAGAACAACCAAGCCCGUCGGGGGCAAGCAGACAUGGGAACAUGCCUCAGGAGAUGAGUCAGGGGGACGUAGUCAAGCAAUCAGAACCGGGAGGAAUAUCUGAGAGUUCCAUUCGAAAAUCUGAGGGUGCCGCUGAUUCAGGUAUGAGGGGCAGUAUGGGGGGGAUUCUGGGAGGAUUUUUUGGGACAGUAAUUCUAGGAGCCAUAGGUUCGUAUGGUUUAUGGAGAAUUUAUGGGAGGAAGGGGCCAAAUCUUGGAGGACAAGGACUCAGACCAGGAGGACGAAUAUCGUAUAAAGUGUUGUGA